GAGAAGAAGAAAAAGAAGGUGGCAGUGUUUGCGCCAUUUGAGUGAAUACCAACCAUCGCAUUUCAGAAGAAGAAAUCCAAGAGUCCUAUCGAUAUUUACAAAUUGAUCAAGGAGCGCUUCUUGGCGGAAAUUUGGGUGUAAAGUAAAAAAAAUAAUCAACAGUGCCAAAGUUAAUCAAACCAUUCUGCAAAGUUACCGGUUGGCGAUGGACACAUUUGAUGGCAAUGCCAGUGAAGACACAAAUGAAGCCGAGACUAUUGGUGCGCAGAGCCUGUAUUCGACGCUCGGCUUAUCAUCAGAAGAUUUGGGUGCACUUGCUCAGAUUCCUGAAAGUGAAAUCAGCGUAGAAACCCUCCCUCAUCUAAUCAUGCAGCUCAAGGCGAAGAGAGCCCAUGAAGAGUCAGCUACCGCAGACACCGACUACCGAGACAAGUCUGGAAUUUCACAGGACAAGCUGAAUACACCUGAAAGAUGCACCAGUGACAGAAGCAGAAGCCCAUUGACUUCCAGCUCAGCGCGGCGCUCUGGGAGCCAUGGGAGCCAUGAACAUCAUGGGAGAGGGGAGGGGCAUAGGAAGGUUGAGAGGCACACAGGAGGAAGAAAGGACCUGGGUUACAGGAAGUCAUCCCGGGAAAGACAAAGUGGCUGUCAUGUGACUGAGGAGACGGAGUCUGGUGACAUCCCAAUGGUUUUCCCACACAAAUGCUCUCUUUGCAAGUGUGUGCUGAAUUCCAUGAAGACAUGGAAAGACCAUCUUUCAGGUGUCCGCCACAAAUUGCGUGAAUCAGAACGAAGUACUCGCUCAUUUCCACCCCCUAAAAGACCCAGCAACUCUGAAUGGGAUCACUACAUGUCCACCAUGUCAGACCACUUCUACCCUCCUAAGUCCAAAACAAGAGUGGUAGUAGCCAAGUUUCCUAUGGGUGCUGUGGCCUUAAGUGAGCUUUUAGAGCUUGGCAAACCAUUCGGGACAAUUGUGAAACACCUGGUGUUCCCAACAAAGGGAUUUUUGGAGUUUAAUUCUCACAAGGAGGCUCAGAAUAUGGUCAGUCACUUCAAGUUGAAACCAGCCUUCAUAAAGGAGAACCCAAUAAUCCUGUACUUAUCACCAACAGUGGAAGGCAUUCAUGCACCCAACAAGUUUGAUGCGCCUUCACCAAAACGAACAAAACGUUCAAAUGCGCCUUCGGUGGUUUGUUUUUCACGUUUGCCUUCAGGGGAGGGCGUGGAGGCUGAAGUGCUGGAGCUUGCAGGCAUGUUUGGUGAGGUGUGGCAGUCAAAGUUCACUGACUGUAAGGCAUUGAUUGAGAUGGUUGACUGGCGUGAUGCUGAUAUCAUGGUGAAGUAUUACUACAGUAACCCACUGAGGAUUCAGGGCAAAAGUGUUAAAGUGUCCAUGUCGCACAUCACAACCCUGAGAGAUAAUAGUCCAGAGUCCAGAAAAUCUGACUCAAGCAAGUACAGAAGACUAAGAGAAGAGUCUGUAUCUAGUAAAAAGGACAAAGGCGACAGCUCAAACCAGGAUGCCACAGAGAAAGAAGACGAGUUGAUCAAAAGUGAAGACAAGGUUCUUGAUGUUGAGGAGGGAAUUCAGUUGGAGGAUGAAACUGGGCUGCUUGAUGAGGGGUCAGAAGGCAGUGUGGCUCAAACUGAGGAGAAAGAAAAAAAGGAAGAGGAGGAAAAGAUGGAAGAGGAGAAACCUACCACUGCUGAGGAGGAGAAUAGAGAGAGAGGUUCAGAGCAGAAUCAAGAGGAAGAGGGUGAUUUGGAUGAUGCAGAAUUUCCAAAGAACAUAGAAGAUUUUGUUACAUUGGAUGAGCUGGACAACAAUGCUGGAGAUUCUUCUGUGCCAGAGGAUAGUAAAGUAGUGGUGCUCUGGCCUGUAAAGAACCCUGACUUGAUGAAGGAUCUUUACAGUCUCUCUGCACCCUUUGGCGGUAUGGUGAAGCAUACUUUAUCGAUGUUCAGACAAGAGGCUAUGAUCGAACUGGAAACAGCUGAAAAAGCCCAGGAAAUGGUGCAGUUCUACAGAAAUCACAAGGCAACAGUAUGUGGCAGGCCGGUGUCAGUUUCCAUGUGCUUCACCAUGAAAACAAUAGAGAGCCCAAGUGGGAGAUCUGUUUUUAUCAGCGGUCUUCCCAACCAGAGGUACCUACGACAGAAAUACACAGACAAAUCACUCUUCGAACUGACUAAACCUUUUGGAAAACUGACUGGUUACUCUCUGCACAGGUAUCAAGGAACGUGUUACAUGCAACUGGAAAGUACAAAGGCAGCUGAAAAAAUGGUUGCACAUUACAGUCGGAGUCCUUGCGAAUUUUGGGGGUCGGUGCUGAAAAUAGCUAUGUGCAGGAAAGGGGAUUCUCUGAUUCGCUGGAGAUACCCUGAAAAUGCAGAGGAAAGCGAGUUUAAAAAGGAAACAAAAGAAAUUAAACCAAGCACUGAAAGGAGAGAAAAUGACCAGAACCAGCACAGUUCUUUGCCGGAUUGUGAAGGGGUUGGUGGAGAUCCAGUUUGUGAAACUAAAGAUUCGGAAAAGAAUAGUCAACUGGACAAAACCCCUCUCAACCCUUAUCAACCAGACCAAAUUGUUGGUGUGAACUACGUCAUCCCAGUGACUGGCUUCUUUUGCAAGCUGUGUAACAUAUUCUACACUGAUGAGAAGAAAGCAAAAUCAGAGCACUGCCGCAGCCUUGAACACUACAACAACCUCAAGCUUAAACAUGCUGAAGUUGUGGAAGAGGCAGAUGGACACCAAGAUGGCUGAGUGAAAAAACACAAAGAAGACAAAGGCCUUGUACUUUUGAGCCAUUGUUUUUUAUUUGUUUUCAUUCCAGUUAAUUUCCAUAUUCUUUCUGUUCAAAUGUUUUGUUUUUCACCAUGUUACAAGAGUGAGUGAGUGAGUGUGUGUGUGUGUGUGUAAGGCAGAUUUUGUGGACAAAAUUGUGUAGCCAUUGUGAUGGUUUGGAUGUUCAACAAUUAGCAGAACGAACGUGUAUAUCAGCUAAACGAGAAUGUUACAUUAAGCUUUGAAAUAAACUCAUGUUUGUUUACUGUCA